CAUUUAAUUCUUGUAUAUAUAUAUAUUUUUUAAAAAAAUAUUUCAUUUAUUUUUCUUGGGUUUUUGUUUCUUGGAUGUUGUGUUUGCCCCCUUUUACAGCUUCAUGGGGAUCAUCAGACUGUCCUAACUUAUAUGCUUAAGGGUAAUCUAAUAAUUGACGAUGAUACUUCUGAGAGAGCCACUAUAAUACAGAUUAGCAGUGCUAGGCAUGAGAUUCUUUUUGAAAGAAUUCGAGCCCUCACCCAUUUAAGUCUCAUUGUAACUAAAGCUUAUGUUUCUUGUAAGGGCGGAUGGUUCAUGUGUGGCUGUAGGGCAGAAGAUAAAGACGGUAUUUUUGACCAUCUAUACAAGGCAAGCUUCUUAUCAUUGAAGUUCUGCUAACCUAUUGCAAUUCUCAGGCGUCUUGCAGCUAAAAGAUCUUUCAAACUUUGCAAAACAAAUGGAGGACCUACAUUGAGGUGAAGGGUGUCCAUUGACACCCCAAAUAUGGAAGAAGCAUUAUUCAAUACCCUCCAUGGCUCCAUUGGGCCAUUAAGGAAUACAAGUAGAAGUUGUGUUGACUGUUCAAUGUUGAUUCUGGAAUUCCAAAUUAUCAGUUUUGAAACACCAUGGCCCUAGUAUCAUGGAUCCGCCACUUCUGCAAUUGAUUUUUCUAGAUGGACUCGUAAGGCAUCAUGCUGCAUCAAUUAUAUGAAAGAUGAAUUUACUGGGUUGGGAUUUAAAGAUACUAAGAGAUAUCCAGUAUCAAGAAAGUUCUGGUCUAUGUAACUAGACCAUCAAGGCCCCGUUUACCAAGACUAAAACCCAAAACUGGUAAACUCGAUCAU